AUGGUUAAGAAGGGCAAUAAAAAAGCAUCAAAAAAGAAAAACUUGAAGAACAGCAAUGAUGAUAAGAUUAAGAAGCUGGAAGAUGUGAGAAGGAUAGCUGCUGUUAAUGCCAAGUUAUGGGAAACUAGAGUAGAAAUUGCGGAAAAAGUCAAAGAUAAGAUUCAGGAACGUGCAAAACAGUUAGCGGACGACAAUGCGAGACUUAGUGAUGCUCUACGUCAAUCAGAAAGGGAAUCAAUAGAUGUGUUUUCUUACUUAAAAAAGCAAAAUGAAGAUAAAGACAGUGAGCUGAAAGAACUUAAAGACAAAAUUGAAUCCAUGUCCAUUUCUCAUGAAAAGGAUAAAGAGUUAAUUAUCAGAGAUGCAAAGCAACAGAUUUCGUGCAUAAAUAGUGAGAAGGAAAAAAAGUGCGAUAAAAUUAAGGAACUUGAGCGAGAAAUAAUGCAGUUGGAUGAAUACAAAAGUGAAAGAAUACGAACUGACAACGAAAUAAAACAGUUGCGUGAUGAAGUUCAAAAUCAAAAGUGUCUCAUUGAGAAUAUGGAGACAAAGUUUUUCGAAGAGAAACUAAAAAUGAGAGAGAGUAGCAUAAAGGACAUCAAAGCUCUGGCAGAAGAAGCCCACAAAAUUUCUAUUAGAAAUUUAGACGAUUCCGUCAAGUUAUCAUUUGUUCAGAACGUCGCAAUGAGGAGAUUUAUAACGUUUUUAAGAAGACAAUUGGUGUCAGCUGAGGACUUAUCAAGAUCGUUGAACGAAGAAAACAAAAAGCUUACUUUAGAGAAGGAAACCUUGGAAGGCCUUUUGUUGUCAAAGUCUUUGGAGUGCAAAAAACUGAAAGAACUCAUUCAAGAGAAAGAUGAGAAACUUGAACUCUAUCAAUAUGAAAUUAAACAUUUAACUGAAGAUUUAAAUAAACAAAAAACUAUAUUCAAUGAACAAGUGACCCUUCAAACUGUUGAAUCAUCUAAAACUAUAGAAAAUUUAACUAAAACAUUAGAAUUUGAACGUAAACAAAUGAUACGUAUAUCUAGUUUAGCCAAUAGAAUUUUACAACAAAGAAAUGAAAUUGAAGAAUUUUUUAUUACAUCUUUAAAUUAUGUUCGUGAUGAGAUCAAAGUGAAUCAGAAAUAA